AUGAACAUUUCAUCUCUGUACACCGUCAUUCCCAAUAGCGAAGGUCUUCAAGCACUUAGAUAUUUUUUCGAUCAACGCACUGUUAAGGAACCAAGCUCAGAACCGCUACUCCGCCUAGCUGAACUAGUUUUAACACUUAACUGUUUUUCGUUCGCCGGUAACUAUUACAAACAAAUUAAUGGUGUAGCGAUGGGCACAAAAAUGGGACCCAGCUGCGACAAUCUUUUUCUAGGAUACGUAGAGCAUCAAUUUUUCAAUAAUUAUGAAGGUCCUAAACCCUCUACGGUUGCUACAUUGACGACUGCAUCGGCGUAA